AUGGCAGCCGGAGGCGGCAAUGCCAAACGAGCCAGAGGCUGCAGUGUACCCGCGCUCAUCCGCCGAGUGCGCUGCAAAGGGAAGACGCCGGUGCAAGCCCUCCGGAUUCAAGCCGGCACGGGAUGCCCUGGCCUCCUAGGCCAGCUGCCCUGCCAGCGACCCCUGAAGAAAAAAGGUCCUGAUGAGAAGUGGUACUGCACGGCGCACGCCAACGAGCUCUUCGGCAAGCGCACACGAGCGUCAAGCGGCGCCACCAUUCCCACGGCCCCGGCCCGUCGCCGCCGAAUUGGAAAGCGACCCGCGGCAUGCUUCCUGCAGCCGCUCGUCCCUAUGACAACUUCUGCGAACCAGUCGCGCGCUCGGUGCCUUUACGUCGACGUCGCUGGGCCGUGUACUUUGCGUGCGCGUACCGAGGCGCAAUGCUGCGUUGACGGCCGCUCCUACUGCAUGGCGGCUCAUGCUGCCGCUGUCCGCCGCGACCGCGGGGUCGCCUCCGUCGCAGCAAUCAUGCCCAUCGAGGACUACGACGAUGCUUCCAUUGAGCCGUUCGUUCUCGCCCCUAUGGCGGACGAAUGCCCGCAUUGCCGCGCACUCAUGUUCACCGAGGAGCGCACUGGAGCUGACUCCCACUUCAACCUCUGCUGCUCCAACGGCAAGCUGAAGUACUUGUGGGACGACGCUAGCUGCUUCGGCUGCCCCGACCCUCUGCGACAACUGAUCGAGUCCACAGACAAGCGGGCGCGGGACUUCCAAGACAAAAUCCGAUGCUACAAUUCUGCUCUCUCGUUCGUUUCCUUCGGUGCCACACUGUCCUUGCCGCCUGGGGCCAGCUCCACUGGGCCGCCCGUGUGCAUGCUGCACGGUGCGAUCUACCAUUACAGCUACGCGCUUGAGCCUCUGGGUGCGGAGACGCCAAAGUUCGGGCAACUCUACAUCUACGACCACGCAGAGGCCCACCGCCGCCGCCUCAACUUCUGGACCGACCUUCAAGCGGACAUCUUGUAUGACCUCGGCAACAUGAUCGAAACGUGCUCGCCUUUCGUAGGUAAGUACCGCCAGAUGAAAGAGCUCGCGGACCAGUACCUCGCGGCCGGCCGCGAGGACGUCCACCUUGGAUUCGCAGCCGCUACCACUGGCGACGUACGACGAUACAACCAUCCCACGAAGGAAGAGGUCGCCGCGGUGUUCGUCGCCGAGGAUGGCGCGCCGCCCGGAGGACGCGACCUGGUUCUCUGGCCUCGCGAUGCCGCGGCCCCCGUGCACCGGGUCAACGACAGCAACGAGCACGUCGACCCAUGCACAUACGUGUUGCUCUUCCCGCACGGAGACCUCGGUUGGAACUGGCAUUUGCAACGCCACCCGGACCACGCGUCCACCUCAUACACGCGAGUCACUCCCAUGCAGUUUUACGCCUCCAAACUUAUGGUGCGACCCCACCGGGGGCCCCUGCCGCACGCUGGCCGCUUCCUCUUUCAGCAGUACAUCGUCGAUGGGUACUGCAAGGCAGAGUCUCGCCGCCUAGAGUACCUCCGCCUGAACCAAUCUCAGCUCCGAGCGGAAUCUUAUAAGGGCUUGUGCGAUUACGUCGAGGGGCUCUCUGCAGGCGCCGCCCCGCAGAGGAUCGGCCGCCCAGUGAUCCUGCCCGAACGCCAGUCCAUCGAGUCCGCUGCUCGGAAGCCCUCCACCCUCGAAGCCUGGUUCGCAUUCAACAUGGACAACCCUGCCUUCGCCACCGUCGCCUACAUCGACAUGCCCUUGCACUGUGUCUGGCAAAAGCAGAACGGCCGCUGGAAGGAGCGCCAACGCGGGAAACACAAAGUCAUUGGCCGUCUGUGCUCCGCCUCGCCUGCGGAAGGUGAACGGCAUUUCCUGUACAUCCUGCUCCUGCACGUGCCGGGCGCCACCUCGUGGGAGGACCUCCGCCGAGUCCCAGGGCAGCGCGAACCCGCGGCCACCUUCCAAGACGCUGCGAGAGCCCGGGGCCUCAUCGAGGACGCCGACGAGAUGCGCCUCGCCAUGGUCGGCGCCGUCGCUUGGCAGAUGCCCGCGCAGCUCCGACACUUCUUCGCCAACUUGCUGCUCAAUGCCGGGGCCGGCAUCGCCGCCGGCGACCUGUGGACGGAGUUCGCCCCUGCUCUCUGCGAAGACUACACUCGAUCCAGACCCGCGGAAGUGGCCCGUGAUCUCGCUCUCCAAGACAUCCAGGACGCGCUCCAAAAGCGGGGCAAGAAGAACUCCGACUUCGACGGGUUGCCGGACCCGGCCAAUUUCGAAAGGGACUUGUGGCUCAAUGCGGACCUCGCGGCUGAGCUCCGCUUCGACCCGGACGCGGGAGGCGCGUUCUUCGUCGACGGACCCGGUGGGACAGGCAAGUCUUUCUUGUUCCAGGCGCUCAUUCAUUACGCCCGCGGCCUCCGCAAGUUGCCGCUUGCUUGCGCUUGGAGCGGCGUGGCCGCGGCGCUCCUGUCCAACGGCCGCACUGUCCUCCCCGUGGUGCCCCGGGCGGACGAGGAGAAGAUCAAAGCUCAUGCGGUCACGCGCCACCCCGCAUUCACCGCAGGCAUGGUGCGCGCCCACUCCCUGGUCCAGAACCGGCGCGCGAGCAACGACCCCGCCUUCGCGGAGUUCCUCUUGGAGGUCGGCGACGGCCGCUUGCCCGUGCACCCCUCCGUCGGCCCCGCCGCCGUGCUUCUGAACGACGACGUCCUCGCCCCGCCGGGCACGACGUGCGAAUCCCUCGCGUCCUGGGUCUUCGGGUCCGUCGUCGACGCCGGCCUCUCCCUCGCAGCGGCCGUGUCCCCAGUGCCGCCCGACGCCCUCCAGUGCCUAUGCUCCACAGCCGUCCUCGCCCCGAAGAACGACGUGGUGCAAUCUUUCAACGACGCCGUCCUCGCUCGGUUCCCGCCCGAAUCCGUCGCGGAGUACUGCAGCGUCGACCGCAUCGGCGGGGGCACCGAUGAUGAUUACGCCAACUACCCGGUCGAUUUCCUUAACUCCCUGGAACUAUUCUCGGCGAGCACGGCCCUCCUUUUCGCAAGCCGCGCUCGCUCGCAGACGCGCGCGACCGCAACGGCAGCCAGCCCCCUGUUGGCCCCCGCGCGGUCGGGCGGAGCACUGCGACGACCUUCCGCCUGCUCGCGAAGGGCGGGCCCUUGCUCGCCGGGCCCUCCGGCCUCCCCUUGCACGCUGCGCUUCUGCGCGGGGGCCGUCGUCAUUCUGAUGCGCAACAUCAACGCCGAGCUCGGCCUCUGCAACGGCAUUCGAGCAGUUGUGGUAGCGUGCAAGCCGCGGGCGCUCGACGUCCUGAUCCUCGCAGGCGGCGCGCCUGCGCCCGGCGAGCGCGCAACAGAGACUGCGCGCCCGCGUCCACCCGCGGCCUGCCCCGUCUACUUCGAACGCCAACGAGAGGCACGCUGCGGCCUUCAUGCGCUGAACAACGCCCUGGGCUUCGACUUCCUCACAGUCGCGGACAUGACCGCUGCUUGCACUCUGCGCUUGGGCGAGAGCGCCAUGGAGGGCAACCCCGAACCACGGCACCUGCACGAAAGUGACGGCGGUUGGCACAGCGAAGCGGUCCUGGCCGUCGCCCAGCGCAUGAAACAGAAUUUGUUCCGCCUCAACUUGGACAACCCUUUGCAGGCCACUCCGGCAGGAGACCUCCCGCACCCUGGGCGAGCGAGGUCUGCGAGCGACGGGCUGGCGGGCCUCCUGCGCCUGAACGCCGAAGCGGUGUCCGGCGCAGUCAUCAACAAAGACCAGUCGCAUUGGGUGGCCCUGCGGGUGAUCGACGGUGACAUUUGGCGCUUGGACAGCGACGCGGGGGCGUCGGUGCUCUCCGUGAGCGACGCUCUGGAGUUCCUCGCUCGGACCCCAUUCUACAAAACGUUGCGGCUGCCCAUGCCCCCGCGCUCCGCACGCGCGGGCGCGCCCACUCGCGCUGCGCAGCUCCCUUCGGCUCAAGCCUGCAGCGGCGCGCCCUGCGCGACGAGCGUGCCCUUCCAGCGCCCCCCAUUCCCUGCUAUGCCUGCGGCCGCUCGCCGCGUCGGCUGGACGGUUGCUGCCGCGGCGCUGCUUGCGCUCGCGGCCGCCGCGCGCCCCCGUCAUUCCACAGCCGCUUCGCGGACGCCGCCGGCCUCGGCCGCCGCGCGCUGGGCGGCUGAGGCGCGCGGCGCGCCGACGCGCCCGUGCCCUUCGCAAGCUCGCCUGCUCACCGCGGGGAUCGCUUUGCGCCUGCAGCUGCUCGUGCGGCUCUUCGUCCAGCUCCUCGGCGGGGCCGCGGUCGCGGCCAUCGCCGCCGCGGGCGUGCCUGUCCUGAUGCUGCCCGCCACGCCCCCCAAGCUGCGCAAGACGAACUCGGGCGCCCGCGUCCCCGGGUCGGCAUCCGGCCAGGACGUCGUGUCCACAAUGCCGGCAGGCGAGCCUCUCACGCAAAUCAUCAUCCAACGCGAGGCGCACCCACGAGUGGACGCUAACAUUAUUCAGGCCCUGAACGCCUACUGCCUGGCCGCGCAGGACGAGCUCGCAGAGGGAGACACUUUCGCGCGCAAUGUCCAGGAACUCCAGCGGGACUACGGCCUGCACGUGGUCAUCACGCGCAACCAGCAGAACCCGCAGCGGGCUCCUUUCGAGAACGGCCGCGUCGCUUUUUACAAAACGGGCGACGAAGAGGACGCGAAGGCAGCGCUGGACAUGAUAGUGAACGGAUACAUCCAGCACCGCGUCCGGAACCCUCUGCAGGGAAUCGACCGCAAGCAGUUCCCCGACCCGGCGGCCAUCGCUGUGCACGUGCACCCGUUCACGGGCAUCGAUUUCUUGGGUGAGCACGGGAGAGACUCCGACCUCACCACGACCGUCCACGACCCCCAGCGGGUUCUGCCCAUGACGCUGCACUCCGCGGCCGCGCCCGGAAGCUCCGACCAGAAGAUCUUGCUCGCCGUCCUGGAGUUCGCCACCGACGCCUCCGUGGCGAUUUCGAUCACAGGCCGCACUUACGUUUUCCGCUCUAGGUUUGAUGCCGCCGGCAUUCCUUUGAACGAGGCGGACAGCGCGGAGCGGGCAAGGGUGAUCAACGACCACUCCGCGGCCACGCAGUCGGACCUCGACAUGCUCCUCGCCAUCUUCGGCAACGCCGUCUUGAAAGGUCACGCAGUGCUGGUGAAAGCCGUGAACAAGCCUGCGGAGGACUCCGCGGCGCACCGCUUCCAGGAGGCCCUGAAAGACCUGCCCAGCAUAGAGUUCCAGGAGAGCGAGUAG